AAACUAUCCCCAAGUUUCACUAAUUAAAUCAUUACUGUCGCUAUCACCUAUAAAAGGCGUAGUUGAUUUUUUUUGUCUCAAUUAUUUAUACUUUCUUACUUGGUGUAUAUUCAUUUGUCAUCUAAUCUGCACACUGUAUAUCUAGUGGAGUGGUUGAGAAAACUCGUACAAUCUUGUAAAUCAAGCAAAAGCAAAUUACGUUGUCACAGACUCACAGUAAUAAUGAACGUCAAUGUAUUUGUCACUUCGUGGAAAAUGAAGAUCCUUUUUUUUUUUCCUUUUCUGUCAAGAGACAAGAGUUACUGAUUUACUCUUUUUCUGGUACAAAAGUUACUUAUUUUAGUUAAAAGUUAAAAUAUGCAUUUCGGAGAAAUCAUCAUUUAGCGAAUUACGAAGCCUCAUUCCAUGUAAGAAAUUAGAUAUCUCUCCAAUUCUUCAAUUUAUUGCACUAAACAUUUUCUUUUCAAAUCUUAUUCACAAACUCAACAUUUUCUGGUUCAAGUGUUUUGCAGCAUGAUAAGUUUAUCAGGAAAAAUGAGCUGUUGUAAUGCAUGGGUUUUGGGUGGUUGGUAUGUAACAGACAAGAUCAUUCUAACAGAUAGUACUAUCCCUCUUUUAAGAUUGGACUGAUCUAAAUUCUCUAAUAACAAAAUUGAAUUUUGCCUUUAAUAUCGGUGGAAUAUGUAUAUUUACAAGUUAUAUAAUCCAUGGACCAUUCAUAUAUACACAUAUAUAUAUAUAUAUAUAUAUAUAUAUAUAUAAGCAUGCAUACAUCAGAAAGUGGGAGACAGUUGUGACAUAUGGUUUUAUACACAUUAUAUACUGACCAAUUAAAACUCGACUCCUCCUAACCUCCACUUGUUACUUUAAUUAUUGGUUUAGUUAUCUUUUUUUUUUGAAAACUGUCCAAGGUUUAGUUAUCUUCAUACUGAUUUUGUAUUUUACAUUUUUUUGUAUUACAUAAGAUUGCUUUGUUGAUAUAACAAUGUUACGACUUGCUAUCUAUUAUCUUGGAGACGCUACAUGACACUUUGGCUGGGGUAAGCUCGUUCGACGCACGCCUAAACUAUAUUGUUCAGUGAAAUUAUAUUUUGAAUAACUUGUGUGAGAGGAGGUUAAAAUCAAUUUUUUAUAAUUGAUUAUCUUUGUCUACGCAAAAUGGUGCCAAAAUUUGUGAUUAACAUUCUAUGUUGUUCGUACCGUGUUAUCGCAACAUUUGCUUCUUCUUUUUUUUGCUAAAGACUGUUAUCGGAAGUUCGCAACAUGGUGUACUAUCUUUUCGUUUGUGGAUUGUUAUUUGUAUUGUUAGAUAUCGACAUACGCCAUGUACGAAUCUAUAGUGAACGAUGAAAUUCAUGAGUGUGGUUUGAUAUUCGGACUUUACAUGGACCUAUAGUUAGUGAUCAGAUUGAUGUGUGGUCUAAUCUAAGAAAAUGUAUACAAACAAGAGGAAAAAAUGUAAAAAAUGAAAGUAUGUAAGCUGCUUGUAACAAGAAAAAUCAAGAAACAUAUGAAAAGUUAAACGUUAGGUAGUUGAUGUGUUAGAGUUAGUGAGAUAGUCGAUCAAGAAAGUAGGGUUGGUUAUUUGGUUUAUAAUUGAAAUGUCUGAAACAGUUAAAAAUGUGUGUUUACAGUAGUACCAACUAGAAAGACUCUUAAUGCACGAAUUUAUUAUAAGAUUAAGUGGUUUUUAAGGAUCAUUGUUUUAAAAUUUUGGAAUGUUACUUAACCGCAAUGAUAUUUGUUAUGUGUGUGUGUUUAUGAUCUUUGUUGCUUUCGCAGAAAGAAAAAGAUGUGAAUGUUGUCAAUUGUACAACGGUGUUGUAACUCAUGACUUUGAAAGUUCAAACUGCUAGCGACGACCUGUGACGCUCAUGGUAAUGAAACCUUCGCACAAAAUCAAUGAAGAAAAGAAAAGCCAUGCAACCAAAUAUUUGUAGAGUUUUUUUUUUUCUUUGAAUAACAUCCAAAUAUUCUAGAGUUUAAACAAAUGUUUAGAGAGGUGUUAGAAAAAACAAAUGUUUAGAGAAUGGUAAAGAUUAAGAAAGUAGGAGGAACCAAAACAAAUUGUCGGUAAGAAAUGGAAGUCGAUGUUCUAAGAAAGAAAAUAAAUGGAAGUCAAAUUACAAAAUUACACAACUUUCAAAGAGAAAUUUAUUUUUACAAAAGAAAUGUACUUUUGAGUCAACAACAGAAUGGUCAACACAACACACUCUCUCACCCUUCAAUGUCUUCCACUGACUGUGUAGAAACAAAAUUAAAUACCCACUUUACCCUUUUUAUAUGUUCAAAUACUGAACACAUCCCACGUAGACAAGAAGACACAAAUGGAAAUCCCACUCACCAGUUAUAAUUUGUAACGAACUAGAAAGAGGAGGCUCAAGUGUAAUGAAAGUUCUUGUAACGAGGAUUAUUUUCUUCAAACCUAAUUUAUAUUUGUAAAAGGACUAAGACAGUAGUUUCUUAUGUCAACAAACCAACUCCUAAUUAAUUUUAUUUUAUAAGCUUAAUGGUUGAUAGUACAGAGCAGAACAAGAAAAACAUGAAUAGAUUGUGAAAACUUCAAAUUAAGGUCUUGUUCCAACUAAAAGAAAGAAAAGAAAAGCAGCAGACAAGACAAUGUCCGAAAAGAAAACCACAAAGAAGCGCGUGAAUAAAACGCUCCAAUGAUGGGGAAGCGAGGAGCCAAUGUAACGUUUGUGUUCUUCUCGUACGACGUGGGACUCUGUUCUCACUCACACCUUGUUCCUUUCAAAAAACCUUCUCUCAACGCACGCGCGUGUCUUCCAAACUUCUUCCUCUCCUUUUUCUUGUCUUCUUCGCUGUCUCUUUCUUCUAAAAAAAAAAAAAACUCUCAAUACACACAUACACAAGAAAGAGCGAUCAGUGAACAAGAGGAGAGACUAGAGACUAGAGACUAGAGUGAAUUACUCUCAAAAAUGGCGUUAAGUAGUCGCCGGUAAGUUUAUUUACACUUUUGCAAAUGUCGACGACGAACAACAACGCUCCAACGGCGGCUCAGCAGCAGCAACCGGAGACGACGGCGAUGGACGGGUUAACUCCGGAAGAGCUAACGGCGAAGGCUUUGAGCAAGAGAUACGAAGGGUUGAUGACGGUGAGGAACAAAGCAGUGAAAGGGAAAGGCGCGUGGUACUGGACUCACCUCGAACCAAUCCUCGUACGCAACACCGACACUGCUCUCCCCAAAGCAGUUAAACUCCGCUGCUCCUUAUGCGACGCCGUUUUCUCCGCCUCCAACCCUUCCCGCACCGCCUCCGAGCAUCUCAAACGCGGCACCUGUCCCAAUUUCACCUCUUCCUCCGUCUCCACUCCUUCCUCCUCCUCUUCUCCUUCUCAUCCUCACCACCACCACCGGAAACGCAACUCCUCCGGCGCCGCCGUUCCUUCCCGCCUCAGCUCUCCUCAUCCGAUAACCGUCGUCGAUCCUUCCAGAUUCUGCGGCGGGGAAUUGCAGUACUCCGCCGCUCCUCCUCCGCCGAUGCUCUCCGGCGGAAGAGACGAUCUAGUUCCGCUGGCUAUGCUCGAAGACAGCGUGAAGAAGCUCAAGAGUCCCAAACCGUCUCACACGCAGUCUCUCACGAGAUCGCAGGUAGACUCGGCGCUGGACUCUCUCUCCGGCUGGGUCUACGAGUCAUGCGGCUCGGUCUCGCUCUCGGGUCUGGAGCAUCCGAAGUUCCGAGCUUUUCUCACCCAAGUCGGUUUACCGACCGUCUCCAAGAGGGACUUCGCCACGACGAGACUGGACCUAAAGUACGAGGAGGCGAGGGUUGAGUCCGAGUCGCGAAUCCGAGACGCCAUGUUCUUCCAAAUCGCGUCGGACGGGUGGGACUCUAAUCUGGUGAGUCUGAUCGUGAAUUUACCCAACGGGAUGAGUCUCUACCGUAAGGCGGUUCUGGUUAACGGAGCGGUUCCGUCUAACUACGCGGAGGAGGUUUUGUUGGAGACGGUUAAGGGUAUUUGCGGGAAUUCACCUCAGAGGUGCGUUGGGGUGGUUUCAGAUAAGUUCAAGAACAAAGCGCUGAGGAGCCUCGAGGGGCGGCAUCAGUGGAUGGUCAACCUGUCGUGUCAGUUCCAAGGGGUCAACAGUUUGGUCAAAGACUUUGUCAGGGAGCUGCCUUUGUUCAAAUCGGUAUCUCAAAACUGCGAGAGGCUCGCUAAGUUUAUUAACAGCACGGCGGGGAUACGUAACGCGCACUGUAAGUAUCAGCUCCGAGAGCACGGCGAAGCGAUAAUGCUGCGGUUGCCUCCUUUGCAUUGUAGUAGUAGUGGUAGUAGUAGUAAGGCUUGUUGUUACUUUGAGCCAUUGUUUAAUCUUCUUGAGGAUGUGUUGAGUUCCGCUAGAGCGAUUCAGCUUGUGAUGCAUGAUGAGGCUUGUAAAGCUGUUUUGAUGGAGGUUCAUAUGGCUAGGGAGGUUGCGGAGAUGGUUGGAGACGGAGGGUUUUGGAACGAGGUGGAGGCGGUUCACGCUUUGAUCAAGCUUGUUAAAGAGAUGGCUCGGAGGAUAGAGGAAGAUAAGCUGCUCGUUGGGCAAUGUCUUCCUCUAUGGGACGAGCUGAGAGCUAAGAUUAAAGAUUGGGAUUCUAAGUUUAACGUAGGGGGAGGACAUGUUGAUGAGAUCGUUGAGAGAAGGUUCAAGAAGUGUUAUCACCCGGCUUGGGCUGCUGCGUUUAUACUCGACCCUCUUUACUUGAUAAGAGAUAGCAGCGGGAAGUAUCUUCCUCCGUUUAAAUGUUUGUCACCAGAGCAAGAGAAAGAUGUAGAUAAGUUGAUAACAAGGCUUGUGUCUAGAGACGAGGCACACAUUGCGUUGAUGGAGCUUAUGAAAUGGAGAACCGAAGGGCUUGAUCCUAUGUACGCACGUGCGGUUCAGAUGAAAGAGCGUGACCCGGUCUCUGGUAAGAUGAGGAUAGCAAAUCCUCAAAGCAGUAGGCUUGUUUGGGAGACGUAUCUAAGCGAGUUCAGGUCACUAGGGAAAGUUGCUGUAAGGCUCAUUUUCCUCCAUGCUACUACUUGUGGGUUCAAAUGCAAUUCCUCUCUUUUGAAAUGGGUUAGCUCUCAUGGGAGGUCACAUGCAGCCAUAGAUAGAGCUCAGAAGCUGAUCUUUAUAUCAGCUAAUUCGAAGUUUGAAAGAAGAGAUUUCUCUAAUGAGGAGGAUAGGGAUGCAGAGCUACUAGCCAUGGCUAAUGGUGAUGACAAUUUGCUUAACGAUGUUCUUGUGGACACAUCCUCGGUGUGACAAUUUUUUUUUCUAAAUUUGAAUCCUAUGUUUUGAUCAAUUUGAUUUCAGCUUAGUUUUUUCCAUUAGAAUUUGUCAUUUUUAGGAUUGUUUGGAUUCUUUUCUUUCAUUUACUAUCAUUAAUAUUAAUUUUGUACUUGAUUCCAAAAAAUGUUGAUGGUGAUUCAAAAUUUUUGAGUUAUUUGUCUUGUAAUCAUAGUACUAAGUUCCAUCAUUGGUUCUAGUACUCUUUUAUGGUCGAUGAAACAUUUUGUA